UCACAUAUUAUUAACGAAAUGCACACAAUUCUUCAUUGCCUAACACUAACACUAACCCCAGUGAUGAUUAAACGAACAAAAUAGCUAAUUGAAGGACUUGAAACAGACCACUAAUCUCCGGUCGUAGAAACAGAUAGACGUGCCACCAUGGUGUCAUUAACAGAUAAGGCUGCCCUGACUGAAAACCAGGAAGAUGAUAACACUAGCACACAGUCCGAGAUUAAAGCUCCAUCAACGACGGGGCUAACCAUCUUCACUGCAGCCGUGUUCAUCGUUGGAGAAAUGGCGGGAAGUGGAAUAUUGGCGCUUCCCAAAUCAAUGGUGGACACAGGAUGGUCCGGUGUUAUUUUGAUCGUAUUAUGCGCGCUGCUUUCUGGGUACACCGGAAUCAUCCUCGGGAGAUCAUGGCAGAUACUCAAAGAUAGGUUUCCGAUGUAUCGAGAGCACAUACGAUACCCUUAUCCGGCCAUUGGGUUCGAGGCCAUAGGCAACUCUGGCAGGUACAUGGUUACUUUUUGUGUGAACUUCACUCUAUUCAGCGUAAGCUGUGUGUUUUUACUGGUAGCUGCAAAUAACAUUCAGUCAUUGCUAGUCCAGGUUGGAGUUAGCGUAUCGUUCUGUGUCUGGGUGCCGAUCAUCGCUGCGAUUUUAUGCCCAUUCACUUGGCUCGGAACACCCAAAGACUUCUGGCCGAUAGCAGCGAUCGCUACCACGGCAACUGGUAUAGCAUGUCUUCUCAUCUUUGUUCAGGAGAUGCUCGACAUUGGCCACUAUCCUGAUGUCAAAUUCCCCUCCACAGACUUCGGCAACUUCUUCGAGGCGUUCGGUGUUAUUCUCUUCGCCUUUGGAGGUCAUGCCAUCUUUCCAAGCGUUCAGCACGACAUGAAGGAUACUAGGAAGUUUCAUUGGACCGUUGGUAUUUCUUACGUAGUUGUUGUCCUGUACUAUUUACCAGUCUCUGCGGCGGGCUAUGCCGUCUAUGGGGAUCUGUUCAUCACAAGAAACACCGAUAACAUCUUAAACAUUCUGACUCCAUCUAUCAUCACGACGAUUGUAACAAUUAUGAUCACAAUACAUCUUAUUAUGGGAUUCAUUAUUGUUAUCAAUCCUUUCUGUCAAGAGCUGGAACAACUCCUAAAUAUUCCACUGAAAUUCUCUGUGAAAAGAAUAUGCGUCCGUUCUGCCGUGGUUGCGUUGGUUCUCUUUGUUGCCGAAACUAUCCCCAAGUUUGGAAUUAUUCUAGGCCUGGUCGGCGGAUCUACAGUCACACUGCUCACAUUCGUUUUCCCUUCGCUCUUCUACAUCAAACUCCGUAGACAUGAAAAUGACGAGUGGCCAAGGGAGAAAAUUGAAAUAUGGGAGUAUAUCCUACACGCUGAAAUUAUUCUAGUUGGUUUGGUCGGCGGUAUAGCGUCGACAUAUAGCGUCAUUGCAGACCUCGCUAACGCGGAUCAUCCGUCAUUUACCGUUCCAUGCUACGUCAACGCAACGGCGUCUGGGGGCUAGUCGACAGCCACAUUGAGGCGUUCAUAUUGUCUCUUUUGUGCCCUCGAGACGCAAGCUCAAACAACUUCAGCGUUGUUUAUAGUGCUAAAAAUCAUACGUUUUACCCUUAUUACACCGAUGUGUGAAGCCGUGAAGCCCAGACACUCAGUACUUUCGCGAGUUCUGUGAAAGAAAAUUCAUUCCCAUUACCCAGGUUCGAUUUUAAACAACGACCUGUGCCAUUCUAGAGCACAGGCCACCGAGAUUGCCCGGUAGCUAUAGUGGCAGUUCGAAACCUACCUACAUGUAUUAGCAGCGGGUGUAACCGAAUACAUGUAGACCGAAGUUGCUUAACAAUUGAGGCAAAUUACGCACAAUGUAUAGGCACAUACAGCUUUAAAAAAAAUUAAAAAAACAUUUUAUAAAAAAACCUAAUUGGCUUAGGCCUACAGUAUCAUUAUUUGUGUGGAUGUAAAUUCUUUUGAUAAAAAUGAUGAGACUAGUUCCACUUUUAAAAAAGAAAAAAGAUUUGAAUUGUACAACACAUUUUCUUGUAUAGAUUUGAGAAAGUUAUAGCGCUGAGCUUUUAUUUCUGUGUAUUGUACGAAAAUAUCCACCAAUGGUAAGCGAUAGUCGCUUCAAAACAUUUGUCGGUAAUUCACACCCAUCUGCCAUGUGCACUCAGUUGUGCGAGUUAUUUUUGCAUCGAGUUCAAAUCAUAGCUCUGCUUAUCCUGUUAAAACUAAAUAAACAAAAAUCAUUAGUGUUUUUAUUUUUAUUCUACCUACAGCCGCGGUGCGGUAAAGCAAAUAUCAGGCAGAAGAAAUGAAAAUAAUUUGCGGUUUUUAUUGGCCCCAGUGCGAUAAAGCGCCACAAAUAAGAACCUGGUAUCAAAUAUUUUUGGUUGUAGAUUAAGGGUGCUGGACGAAAAAACACACAAAUACCAUCAUCAAUAUAGGUGAAAAUUUACCGUAAAUUUGUUGCUAAAUUUUUAAGUAUAAAUUGUAAGUAUCUUAAAAAGAUUCUAUUACAUGUGCUUGUUUUUUUUUUUACGACAUCAAAGAUGCUCAAUUUAUUUAUCGGUCACAGCAGUUUUAAAGGAAAUCAGCUUCCUGACACCUGCAAUUAAUUAAUAUUUUUACGUCGCUAUUAAAGCAUCGUUAAUCAUGUGGAAUAUAUGAGAUAAUUUUGUAAAUGUAUUUUAAUUGUACAUUGUAGUUUACUGUACAAACCAAUUGAAAUGACACAAUAAAAUUAAUGUGAAAAACAAUUUAAUCAGGUUAGCAUGCAGUUAGACGAAGCGUUUCUAAAAUCUAAACUUUCGAAACUGAAAUUUUCACAAAGGUCGUAAGUUUAAUGGUGUCCACCACCAUAUCGAAAACACAGCUUUAAAAAUAAGCUUCUGAGGUCCUGUUUACAGGCCCAUGCUGUCACCCAUAAAUAAUUUACUACAGGAGACCCCUAUAUUGGUUACACUUAUUCAAUAGAAGACCAAAUUGAUAAACGGUUAUCUACGGGAAAAUCCAUUUAAGUCAUAACUUGGUGUUGUGCUUUUGCUGUUGAGAGUUACUUUUUACUGAAAAAAAUCCCUAUACCAAGAGAAUAAUAUACAUGUACUCGGACUAUAACCAAGACAACUUCAAAAACAAAGCAAA